AUGUUGAAUACCUCAAUAUUAACUCCGGCUACAAUUGAGAAGUGUGAGAUUGUUAAAGAAACUAUAUGUAAAGAAACCGAUUUUGGUAAACAAGAGAAGUAUGAUGAAGAUGUAGUGAUUGAUUUAAAGACUCUAAGAAGAUUGGUCAAGAUGGAGAGGCAAAAGGCAAAUGAUGCGUAUUUAGAGCUCGAGAAAGAACGAAUGUCAUCUACAACUGCAGCCGAGGAAGCAAUGGCUAUGAUAUUGCGUCUUCAGAACGAAAAAAGUGUGCUUGGGUUGGAAGUGCAACAACAAAGAAGAUUGACUCAUGAAAAACAACUUCAUGAUCAAGAGGUUAUUCAGUCUUUGAGGUGGAUUGUGAUGAAACACGAAUCGGAAAGAAGCAUGUUAGAAGAUCGUUUGAGAUUAUAUAAGCAAAGAUUGAUGCUUUGUAUGAACGAUGAUGGCGACGACGGAUGUGAACGAGUUAGUAGAUCUUUGAGUUGUCUUGAUGCACUUGAAGAAGAGCUUGUUAGCUCUCUUGAGUUGGGUUUGUCACCGUGGUAA